GUCGACAGAGAACGGACAGCCAGCUGCCGCCCGGUGGCACCACAUGCGUUCUCGCACGAGUCGCACGCGUAACACGCAAACUGUCACGUGCCAACAGGGGAUGAUAGGAUGCAUGGACAGCGGAGACAACAGCCUAAGAGCGCUGUAUAAACGAGCAUCGUGGUUAAAGGGAAAUGGAAUAUAACAAGCACAUCUGUGAAGCCCCUCAUUCACGAUCGCUCCAUCAUGAUUUUGACGGAACGGUG